CAUAUGGGCAUGUGGCCCCAUAUCGCUUACACUGCGCGCGGGAAGCACAAUAGGCCAACCUGUUAUUGUGGUGCGGAGACCUGUCAUUGCCGCUUCCGGGUCCCGCCGUUCUGUCGGCCCAGCAGGGAAAUGGUACCGCGGUGACCGGACGAUGCUGUCGGGAGGACCAGCGGACAGGUCCCGUCAACACUCCGCGCGCGGCCCGGUGUUACUGUAGGCAUGCUUUGGGAGACAGACGCCCCUGCCCUGACACGAACCAUGCCCGGCGUGGCGGCAGAGAAGGACUUGGAUGGCGACGAGCCGAUUGACGACUGCGACUUCUCGGAGGACGGCGAGGACAGCCCGGAGGGGGAAGAGGAGGACGAUUCGGAGGCGGCAGACGGGGAGGAGGGGGGCGAGGGCGGGAAGAAGCCGGGCUACACGCUGCGCGUCCGGAAGGGCUCCAAGAAGACGGAUUCCGAGGAGGAGGCGGCACCGAACGCGCCCAAGAAGCGCGGCCCGAAGAAGAAGCGCAUGACGAAGGCGCGAGUGAUCAAGUUCAAGAUGCGUCGGUCCAAGGCGAACGCGCGCGAGCGGAACCGCAUGCACGGUCUGAACCGCGCGCUGGACAGGCUGCGCGAGGUGCUGCCCUGCUACUCCAAGAACCAGAAACUCUCCAAGAUCGAGACUCUGAGGCUGGCGCGGAACUACCUGUUCGCGCUGACGGACAUCCUGCGCACCGGCAGCGUGCCGGAUAACGUCACGUUCGCGCAGACGCUCACCAAGGGACUGUCCCAGACCACCACUAACCUGGUGGCGGGCUGCCUGCAGCUGAACCCGCGCACGCUGCUGCCGGAGAAGGACAUCGACCCGCUGGCGUACAUGUACCACAGCCGCCCGGCGCCGCUAGACCCGGGCUUCGGCAGCGGGGACUGCCAGUUCACGGCGCCGGCCUACGGGCUGCCGCUGCCCGAGAGGGACAUGUACCCCGCCCAGGUCUACAACGGCGCCGCCGACGUGCCGCAGACAUACCCCACCCCGCCCUCCAGUGUUGACGAGCCCUACCGAGCUUCCAGCGAGGACCCGGCGGGGCUGCGUGGCGCUCCGUCCCGCCUGGAGCCGCACGGCGCCCCGGUGCCGUUCCCGACGCCGUCCCAGUCCCUGGCGGCGCUGGAGGAGACCAUGAAGGCCAUGGUGGGGCCCGCCAACUCCAGCAACUUCCACGUGCCAAGACACUGCGGGGCUCCAAGUCUCGCCGAACCACAUCUCGCCAUGGCCGAGAAUAAUCCUGACUGUGACCUGACCUUGGAUGACCUUGUGACGUACGACGCGCCGAACUCGCUCAUGGAGCAGAACUUGCACCUGCUGGACACGUCUUCUCGCGAGAUCUUCACCGAGUAGCGAGAGUGCUUCCACUCAGACAGAUCUUCACGUGUCUUCUCGCGUGAUUUCCACUGUCUUCUCGCGUCUUCUCGCGUGAUCUCUACGUUCCUUCUCGCGAGAUCUCGAGAUUAAAAGUGGCCACUUCCAAGAGUAAUAAUCAACAGGCAACUCAGCCUUUUCAUUUGUAGAACGUUGAACAAACUCGACAUGUGCAUUAGAAGGGACCGAAGUGACGUAGGUUGGCCAGUCACUGUUGCUCGGUUAUUUCCGUUGUUUAUGAAAACUGGUCUACAAAACGGCGGUUUUUCUCGUCCACCUUAGAUUGGAAACAAGUAGUGACCUGAUCAUCAGUACAAACACUCUGGAUGCUCCAGCAACUUUAACCCCGUCGCCAUGGCGACGUAAAACCAGUCUUAUCCAGUCGCCAGUUGGUAGUUUAUAGUGCCUGAUGUAACAGCUGGGGAUGUGUAGGUGCAAGCCGAUAGUGAUAGGAACAUUUUCUAUGGCGUUCACCCUCUGACUUGAAGUUAGAAAAAGGUUUAAAAACACAAAGCAUUUAGAUGUAGAGGCGAACAAGUUUUCUUUUAACUUUUAACUAUCAACCAGGAACUUCCCUUGUACCCCCUGACCCACCCCCUGCGUUGGUGCACCUCCGCACCCUUCGGCUGAAGGGUGCCCCCC